AUGAAUCAGUCUAUAGUUAGGAUAAUACUAACGUAUGUAAGAUCAGUCAAAUACAUUAGUCAUGAUGAAUUAAAGGAAAAAUCAGAUACCGUGUGUAAACUAUAUGAUGAACAUGUGGACAUGGAAGAUAUUAUAGAAGAAAUCAACCAUCAACUCAAUCGAUUUCUGUUCAAGAUAGAUUCUAACUUGAAUGAAAUCACCAAUCAAAUGUGUUAUUCUUUCAUCAAUCUCAAGAAUGAAGAACAAAAUGAUAAAGACAUUUACAAGCAAUUUACAAAUUUCAAAGAAUCGGACAUUUUGGCCAUUAAAGGGAUAAUCGAUUUGAUCUUUGAAAAUAACUAUUCCUUCAAUAUGGAUAGGUUAGUCAAUUCAUUGACACAAUUUGGUAAAUCCCAUCAAGAUGCCUACGUCCUAGUCAAUAAACUCAUAAGUCAAGGAUGGCUCGAAAGAAUUGGUGGUGAUAUAGUUGUGACUGUGAGACUAAAGCUUGAAUUGAGAGGAUAUCUUGAAAAAUUCGAUUUAUUGAUCUGUCAUCAAUGUAAUAAUAUUGUAACGGUGGGAUACAUUUGGGAAGGUAAGGCUUUACAUCAGAGAUGUUUAGAAAUUGUCAGAAGAAGAGAAGAAGUGGGAGAAGUCAGAAAAAUCGGGCUCGAUGUAAAUUAA